GCUAUUGAAUAUUCGCGGUUCGGAUUCUUGUUCGCGGCAAUAUCAUUUGUUCUCGUGCACAACAACGUCACGUCCUUAGUUUAUAUCAUAUUAUAUCUCAAUUAUAUUAUUUUCUGCGCCGCGAAGCGACAACAUGMAACCGACAGUAGUGCUUUGGAACGCGGUUUUAGUGCUGGUCGCGAUGGUACUAAUGUCGGCCAGUCCCUCCCAUGGUAUGGCGUACACAGUUUUCCAGGCAGUGGUCGAGUACUACCGGAUGAUAGCACCGGAACCAAUGGACGCGGUGCCGGAUGCGCCGUACGUCGGCCGGCAGUACGACUUCAUUGUGGUGGGCGCUGGUUCCGGCGGGUCGGUGUUAGCCAACCGGCUGACUGAGGUGGCAGGCUGGACGGUGCUGCUGAUCGAGGCGGGUGGCGAAGAGAACGCCAUAACGGACGUUCCACUUUUGGUCAGCUACCUGAUCGGUACCGGAUACGACUGGGGCUACCGGACCGAACCACAGGACGGCGUGUGCGGCGCAAUGGAUGACCGCAAGUGUCGGUGGCCACGAGGCAAGGUGAUGGGYGGCACUAGCGUCCUCAACUACAUGAUGUACACGCGGGGAGUACCAGAGGACUACGACCGUUGGGCCAGACUUGGCAACGUCGGUUGGAGUUACGCUGACGUGCUGCCGUACUUCAAGAAAUCGGAGGACUUGGGAGAUGGCCGGGUGGCCGCGUCACCAAAGUCAGCGCAUUUGCACGGCCGUGGUGGGUACCUUAAGGUCCAGGAACCUUCGUGGAAGACGCCACUAGGACCGGCGUUCUUACGUGCCGGCCGCGAGCUUGGCUAUGAAACGCUUGUCGAUUACAMCGGACCACGGCCACUUGGUUUCUCGUACGUACUGGCCACGACAGACCGCGGCACCAGAUGCAGUGCGUCCAAGGCAUUCCUGAGGCCGAUACGGCACCGACCAAACCUGACGGUCGCCAAGCGAACCACGGUCACCAAGGUGCUCAUCGAUCCUGGCACAAAGCGCGCAUACGGCGUGCGAUUCGUCAGAAAUCGUCGUACCUCGUUGGUGUACGCCCGUAAGGAGGUUAUAUUGUGCGCCGGGGUAUUUAACUCACCGCAGCUACUUAUGCUGUCGGGUGUGGGCCCGGCUGAACACUUGGCAAAAGUCGGCGUGCCCGUCGUUAGUGACCUCCGGGUGGGCUACAACCUGCAAGACCACGUGUCCAUGGCCGGACUGGUGUUCUUAGUCAACCAGUCGGUGACGAUCGUUGAAAACCGGUAUCGGCAUCCCAAGUACCUGAUCCAGUACGCCCUGAACGGUGACGGACCGCUGACCGUGCCUGGUGGCGCCGAAGCGGUAGCGUUCACGGCCACAAGGUAUGCAACCAACGGCUCCGUGGUUCCCGAYAUGGAACUGGUGUUCGGUCCCGGAGCGCUGACCGGCGACACGGGCGGAUCACUGCACCGGUUGUUUGGCAUGCGCGAAGACUUCUACGAAAAGGUGUACGGCAGAUUCCGUGGCCGAGACGCUUGGGGCCUGGUACCCAUAUUGCUACGACCACGCAGUCGCGGACGUGUCAUGUUGCGAUCAACCAAUCCGUUUCACGCGCCGCUGCUCUUUCCUGGCUACUUGUCUGACACGCACGACCGCGAUGUGCUCGUCGAAGGCAUUAAACAGGCCAUCGCGGUGAGCAAAACCCAAGCAUUCCAAAAAUACGGAUCCACGCUGUUGUCGGUGCCGUUCCCGGGCUGUGAACACGAGCCAUUCGGGUCGGACGCGUAUUGGGGUUGCUCCAUCGGGCAGCUGACAACAAACCUGCACCAUCAGGUGGGUACGUGCAAGAUGGGACCGGCCUCGGACCCAGACGCCGUGGUCGAUCCAAAGUUGAGGGUACGUGGCGUCAGAGGGCUUCGGGUGGUGGACGCGUCUAUCAUGCCACUCAUACCAGGUGGUCACACCAACGCGAUGACAUUCAUGAUUGGUGAGAAAGCGGCUGACAUGAUCAAGGAAAACUGGAUCAAAUGAUCGAACCUGUCGUGCUAUAAUGCUACUGCAAUGAAUAUAAUAUAUUAUACUACGCGUUYCAAUCCAUUUGCCUCCGCAUGGUCACCAAAGCCCCAUGGUAUGCCACAAACGCCUCUACAUGAUGAAGACCGUAAAGUUCAAUCCAUCAACCAGACAGCAGUCACUUACUUUCAAAGACUUCACUUCAAAAUGCAAAGCCAUCCAAACUAACUCRUAGCUCAACUGCCGUCAAAAUCUCUUCCAGAUAACCCUAUUUGGUGUCUAAAUCGAAAUUGGUUAGAGACCUUCUCAAAAACUGAAUAUAAAUUAUUUAAGAUUCAUGAAAGGGUAGCUCUACUGUGAGUUUUCACCGACUCAUCACUAUCAUUCCUCCCUCAACUUUACUUAUCGUACAUAUAAUAGAGAUUGUAAAUAUUCAAUAAACGUUAUUAUAUAUAUAUAUAAUAUUAUCUAGUCAAAGAACAAAAUGUGCAAUACUACAUAUUGUUUUCAUUUUAUUUUAUUUUUGUUU